UCUAAAUCACAACCCCUUCAUUAACCGUUCAAUCUUGCUUCCAAAACAGAAUUGAGACAGAGGCAAGGCAACAUAUCCACUCGCAUCUCUUAUUCUCUGAACACCUGAAGCAUGCCUCUCCCACCGUCUCGGCCACCGCCGUCGCAUCCUUGCCGUCUUCCCCAAAAAAUUUGGCGAGCAUGCGCCGGCACUUCCGUUCAAAUCCCUACCCUGAAUUCCAGGGUUUAUUACUUCCCUCAAGGCCAUUUGGAGCAAGCCUGCUCGGCUCCUUCCUCCCUCUCCCCCUUUCUCCUGUCCAAGCCCUUCAUUCACUGCCGCGUCUCCUGGGUUGAAUUUCUCGCUGACCCUGUUACAGACGAGGUCUUUGCCAAGCUUGUCCUCCAUCCACUCAGUGAUUUUGACACAACCCGCGACCACUCUCAUCCCACCGGCGAGUCCGCAGAAGCACAGGGCGAUGACAAUGUUGGGUCGUUUGCCAAGGUUCUGACGCCUUCUGAUGCCAACAACGGCGGUGGAUUCUCUGUUCCGAGGUUCUGUGCUGAUUCCAUCUUCCCGCCAUUGAAUUUACAAUCUGAUCGGCCGAACCAGACAUUGCCUUUCACUGACGUUCACGGCAUCCUCUGGGAGUUUCGUCACAUUUAUCGAGGGACACCUAAGCGGCACUUGCUCACUACUGGGUGGAACAAGUUUGUCAAUCACAAGAAGUUGAUUGCUGGUGACUCCGUGGUUUUCAUGAAGAAUUCCGCGGGGAAAAUGUUCAUCGGGGUUCGCAGAGCUCUGCGAUUCAGUGUUGGAAAUCGUGGCAAUUGGGCCGGAAGUUGCACCGAUAUCGGUGGCAUGAAAACUAAGGUUGAACUUGACGAGGAGCAGCAGGAAGAUUGCUACACUGGCUUCGGAGAAUUCUCGAGGAAUGGGAGGGGAAAGUUGUCCGCCAAGGCAGCUGCGGAGGCAGCAGAAUCGGCAGCACAAAAUAAGCCGUUCGUGGUUGUUCAUUAUCCUAGGCCUGGGUCGUCGGACUUUGUGUUGAAGGCGGAGGUUGUGGAGGAAGCGUUAAGAGUCAGAUGGACUCCUGGAAUGAGAGUCAAAAUGGCUAUGGAGACAGAAGAUUCGUCCAGAAUGACCUGGUUUCACGGGACCGUCUAUUCGGUAUCUGCUUCUCUUGGUCAUGGGCAUUGGUCGGAUUCUCCUUGGCGCAUGCUUCAGAUUGCAUGGGAUGAGCCUGAAGUGUUACAGAAUGCAAAGCGAGUCAGCCCCUGGCAGGUUGAACAUAUUUCCCCCGCAGCUCUUCUUCACACAGUUUUUCCCCCAGCAAAGAAGUUUAAAGGCGCUAAGCAUGGUGGGUUGCCAAUUGAUAGAGAGGAAGACCCGUCAUUUACUACGAUGAAACUCACUAACUCAACAAUGGGACACUUGAAUCACUCAUUGUUGAAGGACAAUACUUUUCCUGCUGGCAUGCAGGGAGCCAGGCAUGAUCUAUCUUCCGUUUUGAGAUUUUCAAACUUCCUAGAUCAUAAUACUCGUUAUUGUGCUGCUAGUUCUCAUGUGAAAGUGCCGAAGUUGAAAACUGUGUCAACAGAUUUACACAUUGACAGCUCUCAAUCUGGUCCAUUAUCACCAGAUAGCCAGAGGAGAAUCCACUCCAUUGGUGGAGAGUUUGUUGGUACCGCUUGCUGCAACUCAACAAUUGGUGCUGGUUCAUUUCAGCUAUUUGGUAAGAUAAUUCAAAUGAACCCGCCUGUCGAAAGUGGCUUGCAUGGUACUGAUUGCACUGGAAAUAAGGCUUGCAAUGCAUCUGAAUGUACUGACAAGCCGCUGGAUUAUUCAACUUGCUCAAAAUUGGUCAACAAGCUUGAUAUUCGAUGCCAAAAAACAUCACUAGUUUAGUAUAUUUCUGUCCGUCAUGCAGAUACGUAGCUGUAAGGCAGGCUGGAAACUGAUUACCCGUUGGUGUCGUAGUAGUAGUACUAUAUCCGGAAUCCAGAAGUUUCACGACUGUCCCUAUAUGUGGUGUUGAUACAUGCAGCUAGUUUAAUAUGCUGUUUUCUGUUUUUUUUUUUUUUGAAGGGGGGGCUAAAGGUUAAAAUCGUUUAGGUGGCGAUUAUACGUCUCUAAUAUUUCAAUAUAAAAUAUAGAUGUGACCGGAUGAAAUUAACCCAUACAUAAAACAAUAAC